ACUGGGAGUUCUCAUUUUUUCCCAGCCUGGUUGGCUGUACCGAAGGCUGCCUUUACUGUUUUCACUUCAGCUCCAGGCAGACGUCUGCUCUUCAGGACUACUGGACAGUAACUGCUUUGAAAUGACACCGCUGCAACUAUGUCCCUGCCUCCUCUCCAUUCUACUGGUCCACUACUCCCACCAACUGGAUGACAACAAGAUCCCACCCAGUCUCUGUACAGGACACCCGGGAAUCCCAGGGACCCCGGGGAUGCAUGGUGGUGCCGGCCAACCCGGAAGAGACGGGAGAGAUGGGCGAGAUGCCCUCCCCGGAGAGAAGGGUGAAAAGGGAGACAUUGGAGACCCAGGCGAGUCAGGAUUUCGGGGCCUCACUGGAGACAAGGGGGACCCCGGGGAUAAAGGAGACAGGGGCCAGUCGGGUGAGUGCGCCGUUGCUCCCAAAUCGGCGUUCAGCGCCAGGUUGUCCGAGGGCCGCACCACGCCGGUGGCGGCGGAGGACGCCGUGCGCUUCGACGCGGUGACGCUCAACGAGCAGGGCGACUACAGCGCGGAGACAGGCCGCUUCACCUGCAAGGUGCCCGGAGUCUACUACUUCGCGGUGCACGCGACCGUCUACCGCGCCAGCUUGCAGUUCGACCUGAUGAAGAACGGACAGACGGCGGCGUCUUACUUCCAGUUCUACGGGAACUGGCCCAAGCCUGUGUCUCUGACCGGGGGAUCGCUGCUCCAUCUCAUCCCCGGGGACCAGGUGUGGGUGCAGAUGGCGUUGGGGGAGUACAGUGGUUUCUACUCCAGCUCUAAGACUGACAGCACCUUCAGCGGUUUCCUUGUGCACUCAGACUGGAAGAAUUCUGCGGUCUUUGCCAAGGGAGAAGUGGUAUAGAUAACAGAAGGACCACGCUCUUCACGGUCUCUGUGAGGUUGUAAGGAAACUCAGCGAAAUACACAAAAUAUGAGUCGGCGGUGGUGCAAUAUGAUAAAACAAAUAUAUUGUAGUUAAUGAGAAUCUGUUGUCCCAGAGCAAGGCCUACUUGCUCCCCCCAGGUCGUUGCCGUAAAUGGGGAUGUGUUCUUAGUCAACCUGGUAAAAUAAGAUAAAUAUAAAGAGAUAAAAAAAUUCAAGGAGGGUGUCAAAAUGCACUUGGGAAAUAUCUACGGCACCAUAAUGAUGUAUUAUCAUGAUUCAUCAAGGGAACUACUGUAUAUUCCUGUGUUCAACUGUGCUUCAGGUUUGCCAUUUGACUGCUGUUGUACAACAAUACAGUAGGCCCUGAACUCAGCAUAGUUUUGGGCCUAUAUGUAUCAUUGUUCAAUUAAAUAUAUUUUGCCCACCAUUAAAACAGAGUAUAUGAUUUUGAAACUAGUAGGGUGGGUUCCUUCAGUUGGUUGGAAUUGUUAAAUAGGGAAUGUCCCUUUUACACUGUUUCUGUGCUUGUACGUUUCUUUUUAUUUUUUGUAUUUGGAUUCCCAUAAGAUGACACUAUAGCAACAUUUAGUCUUUGAUGGGUUCCAGCUUCUAACGAAUACAACAUUACAGGCAAACUAAACUUCACAAUUUGCAUACAUUUAGUAAACACUUUAGAAUUUAGAGACACAAGUAUAUAAUGUACUAAAAUGAACUGAAAUAUAAAUAAAAAAAUACAAACACACAACUAAA